AGUGGGUCAGGGGAUUGGGAGAUGAGUGAACCGUUUGGCCUACCGUAACCCUCCUGGUCAUGGUUCUUCUCGGAGGAAGAAGAAUGGUGUGGGCCGGUUGGGGGCGGGGGAGGUGACCAGGAGGCUGAGGUGAUGGCUUACACCCGGAACACUAGCCAUGCUUUCCGCUGUAGCGCCGUUUCGGGAAUCCGCGUGGGAAGAGUCUGUCAACUCUUGGGAAGAGGAAGGUAGAUCUGAGCGCCCGCUAGUGAGUGUAUGCCCAGCUUUCAUGAAAGCCAGCAAAGACAUAAAGCGCCUCUAUGUGGGUGGCCUUGGCCAGAACAUUUCUGAGGCUGACCUACAAAAUCAGUUCAGCAGAUUUGGAGAAGUUUCUGAUGUGGAGAUCAUCACGCGGAAAGAUAGCCAAGGAAACCCACAGAAAGUCUUUGCAUAUAUCAACAUCAGAGUAGCAGAAGCAGACCUGAAGAAAUGUAUGUCUGCUUUAAAUAAAACAAAAUGGAAAGGUGGAACACUACAAAUUCAGCUAGCAAAAGAAAGCUUUUUGCACAGAUUGGCCCAAGAGAGAGAAGCAGCAAAAUCAAUGAAAGAAAAAUCAACAGGCAACACCAACUUGUUUGAAAAGAUGAGAGGGAUAGAUUUAUAUAUAAAAGCUGUUCCUGGAACAGAAGUACCAGGGCAUAAAAAUUGGGUUGUUAGUAAAUUUGGAAGAGUCUUACCUGUCCUUCACCUGAAGAAUCAACAUAAACGUAAAAUCAUAAAAUAUGACCCUUCAAAAUACUGCCACAACUUAAAGAAGAUAGGGGAGGAUUUCAAAGAUACCAUCCCUAUAUCCAACCUCACUUGGGAAUUGGAAGGAGGGAAUGAUCCUAUGAGUAAGAAACGGCGAGGAGAGUUCUCUGACUUUCACUACCCUCCCAAGAAGAUAAUAAAAGUGCAGAAGGAUGAUGGUUCCCCUGGGUGUCUGACUAUGAGACCAAAACCCAAUUUGAUAAUGAAGAAUCCACGUUUUAUACAGCAAGAGUCUGCAACAAAAACAUCUUAUGAUUCUGUUACUUCUAAAUCAACCUAUGUACCUGAUUCUGAUACUCAGAAACUUAAAAAACUAUUUUUUCAAAAUUCUAGCUCGGAAACUACUAGAAACAAAAUUAGUAUGUCUGAUGAUGAUACUGAUUCUGAGGAUGAAUUAAGACUACUGAUUGCAAGGGAGGAAAACUUAGAGAAAACUAGGAGGUCCUCAGUAAAUGAAUCUGAAAAUGAUCCCUUUGAGGUUGUUAAGGAGGAUUUCAAAUCAGAUGUUCAUAAGCUUCGUUCUUUUACAGGUUUAGGUAUCAAAAAUGAUGUCUCUUGCCUUGAUAGUGAUGAUAAUGUUAUGGAAAAUGAUUGUGACUAUGAUUCAGGAGAUACAGAUGAAAUCAUUGCAGUGAAAAAAAAAUCUGGUGAGGUUAAAAACAGUACAGAAUUUUCACAAAUGAAAAAGACCAUGCACAAGAAAACUUUGAAAAAUAGAAAAGACUGUGAGCUUUCUGAUCGUUGUAUUAAAGUACAAAAGAGAAAUAAUGCAGAAGUAGCCAUCCAUCAAGGAGUUAAGCCUCUUGGUUGUAAAUCUCCACCCACCUCCAAUGGCAGUAAAGAUGCCGAUUCUGUAUCAGAAUCAGCUCAGUCUGUAGAUGAGGAGUAUAGCGCUAUGAUGAAAAACUGUGUUCAUGUGAAUCUUACUUUGGCUGAUUUGGAACAGUUGGUUGGUAGGGACCCGGAGGCUCCAGGAGAAGAUACUGAAGUCAGUGUCCAGGAAACCACUGCCAUGUUUGACAGGGCCUCCAAGAAGCCAAGGACUCCCAGUGGCUUCCACAGAGGCCGACGGUGUAUUCAUCCUGAGGAAAUUGUGGCUUCCCUUUUAGAAGGAGAAGAGAAUACCUGUGGAAAACUGAAACCAAAGGAAGGCAACUUAAAGCCAAAAUUUCAGGCUUUCAAGGGAGUAGCCUGUCUCUACGGAAAAGAAUCAAUGAAAAAAUCCUUGAAAGAGGGUGUUGCUGCUAACAAUGUUAAUAAAGAACAGGAUUCCAUGAAACUUGAGGAUACUAGUGGCAUAGCUCUGGAAAAGACUCAGGGCUCAUCAAGCAGGACUCCAUUCCAACAGCCAAAGAAGGCAAAUGAUCCAAACUGUAUUCAACCUCAAAAGAGACAGUCCACUUUUAAGAGCCAGGAUCUCAUGGUGGUAUCCCCUAGCAGUUCAGAAAAGGGAAGUAAAAAUCCUGUUUCUCAUAUGUUACCAUUAAACAAUAAGAAAUCUUUAAGUCUUGGUGCAAAGACUCCCAAAGUGGGCAUUGAGGAAGACUGUUUUCAUAGGACCACAAAGACAGAAGAGGACUUAGAAAAGAAGCCUGAUCUGAGCAGUGGAGCAGCCCCUGAGAAAUCGUCAGCAGUCUCCUCCAGGAGAGAUACUCAGGGAAACAAAACUGAUUUCCUGCUUUCUGCUAAUAGUUUGCCAGAUGUUAAUGCUAAGCAGAAGCAUGCUGAAGAUAACCAGAGACGCUUGGCAGCCUUAGAGGCAAGGCAAAAAGCAAAAGAAGUACAAAAGAAGCUGGUUCAUGAUGCUCUGGCAAACUUGGAUGGUCAUCCAGAGGAUAAGUCAACACAUAUCAUCUUUGGUUCUGACAGUGAAAGUGAAACAGAGGUGAUAUCCACUCAGGAGCAGAACCAGCCGGGAAAGGAACCAGUGAAAGCAUCUGCUGGUAAAGCAUCAGGAAAGCUGUUUGACAGCAGUGGUGAUGAGGAAUCUGGUCCUGAAGAUGACAGUAACAGGUUCAGAAUUAAACCUCAGUUUGAGGGCAAAGCUGGACAGAAGCUCAUGAAUUUGCAGUCUCACUUUGGCACUGAUGACAGAUUUCGCAUGGACUCCAGAUUUCUAGAAAGUGACAGUGAAGAGGAACAGGACGAAAUAAAUGAAAGAAAAACUGCUGAGGAAGAAGAGCUUGCGGCAGAAAAACUGAAAGCCCUGAAUGUUGUGCAGAGUGUUUUGCAUAUCAACUUGAACAAUCCUACAAGCAAAGGACCAGUAGCUGCUAAGAAAUUUAAGGACAUUGUACGUUAUGAUCCAACAAGGCAUGACCAUGCUGCUUAUGAAAGGAAGAAAGAUGAUAAGCCAAAAGAAAGUAAAGCAAAAAGAAAGAAGAAAAGGGAGGAAGCUGAGAAGCUACCUGAGGUGUCUAAAGAAAUGUAUUAUAACAUUGCUACGGAUUUAAAAGAAAUAUUCCAAACUACAAAAGAUACCACUGAAAAGGAUGACAACAUACCCUGGAAUGAGGAUUGUUCUGGAGAGGAAGUCCAGGACUCUGCAGCUUCUUUGAAUGGGACCCAGCAACCUGGAGGAUUCACAUUCUCCUUUUUUGAUUCAGAUACUAAAGAUGCAAAGGAAGAUACCUACAGAGUUGAAACUGUAAAACCUGGGAAGUUUGCCUGGCAGGGAGCCCCUCAUUUCCAUGACAGUAGUUCAGAAGAGGAGGAGGAAGAUGUUAAUGAAGAACCAGAUGACAGGAAGUCCAGUCCUAGAGAUGUAUCAUUACCUGAGAAAGAGACCACUAGAUUUUUCUUUUUCUCUAAGAUUGAUGAAAGACUUAAUGGGUCUGAUUUAUUCUGGAGAGGUGUGGGAAGUAAUAUUAGCAGGAGUUCUUGGGAGGCCAGAACAGACAACUUGCGCAUAGAUUGUCGGAAGAAACAUAAAGAGGCCAAAAGGAGAGUGAAACCAAACUAAUAAAGGCCAUUAUUGGUUUUUCAUACUGAAUGCGGAUAAGGCAAACAUGGAAAUUGUAUGAUCCAGAAAAUAAUUUUAAAUAACCAAUAAUUCAGAGUGAAGGAACAUUCAAAAUCUGGCUGAUGGAUAUCAGUCUUGUUGCUGUAAUUUCUUUGGAUUUGCUCUGUAUUUCUUAGUAAUUACUUUAAAAAUAUUAACUCAAACUUUUUUUAAAUGACGUACAAGAUAGUCCCUCACAAUGCUUUUUUGUAUAUAAUCUCUUUGCCCCCUAGCCUCUAUGAGUAAUGGGCAUCUUCUCAUGCAAGGUUUACAUAAAGUGUUUUUAAAUAUAUGGAUCAGAGCACUUGUGUUUUCCAAGUUAGACUCUGUAGGGAUUAUAAGCUACUUGAAAUACUUAUUUCUGCUUGUACUAAAUACACUUUACCUACAUUUUGGGUUUUUGUUUAAGAGGUUAAAUACAAGCUUGAGUUCCAUACCUGUGUCCCAAUGAAGACCUAAUUAAAAUGUAGACAUUUUAGACUAACAUCAUAGGAGAGUUCUGUUGAGGGCCAUAAAAAGACACCAUAUGUAGUUUUCCUGCCAUUGGCUUCUAGGAAUUAAUGGAGGCAGGCCCAUUAAUCCAAAAAUUCUAGUUAGACCAGAGGCUUAUGUAAAAUACAAGUGUCUGAAAGAUACAUCGUUACAGUUAGGAGUCAGGAGUUUGCAUCCAGAUAGGGAAGCAAAUUUAAUACCCGAACCUAGGUACUAAUUUAAUCAUCCUGGCUAGGAUUCAAGUCAGAUAUGUACAAGACAGAAUCUGUACAAGAUUGUUUUAUAUAGACAGCCCCAGAGGAUUGUCAUUGAGCCACAUGUGUAUAUCUGAAAUAAAUUUGUAUUUACAUCUUGAUGGAAUAUAAACUCUGAGGGCUGGGAUGUCAUCUGGUUUGUUAACCAUUAUGUCUCGACUGCCUAGAUUUUUGCCUAGCACUUAGUGGGUGCUCACUACAUAUACUUUUGAGUAACUUGCCAGGGAAUUAGCUGAAGAGUCAUUUGGGAUUCCAAUGUUUUGAGCUUUCAGACUCCAUAGAAAAUGGAAAGAACCACGCAGCUACAUAAACCAAAUGUUCUACCUUCUCUUGAUGUAAAUUUAUAUUAAUAUAUCUUCUUAACUAUUAGGUCUACCUACCCCAGGAACUAAGUCAUUGUCACUAUAUAUAUUUCUUUUUACUAAGGUAACAGUUUACAACAAUGUAUGGUUUCAGAUGGAGUUUUUCACCUCAGCAAUGUAUAUUUUACACCUCCCAACUACCAUUUCCACUGUAUUCUACAUGUCAAAACAGUUCACCCAAACUCAACGGGGACAUAGACCCUCAAGGAGUGUCAAGGAAUUUAUGACCAUAUUUAAAUGUCACAUCCUCUAUCUCUAAGGCAGAAAAAGUGACAAGCAGCCCUGCCCACCCCCACUCUUGCUCCCCAGAUAUAAACACCUUCCAUAUUCUUAGCUUUUUCCUCUGAUAUUUUUAAGAUUUAUUUAUUUAUGCAUACAAGAACUGGGAUUUAGGCAGAGGUGGGGUGGGUGAGAAGAUUCACCAGAGACAGAGUGGGGAGCAGAACAGGCAGAUCCAUUGAAAUACAUUGCUAAGGGAAGCAGGGGGAAGACAGGAGAGUUCUUCUAUGCCAUGUGGGUACACUCCCUGGCUUGGGAUCAAACUCUUGCUGCAGUGGCUGGCUGCAGCUUGACAGCACUGUGCCUUUAACCCCUUCGCCACCAGGGAUGCCCUUUUCAUCUCAUCUUUAUCUCCAUAUUUUGACCUAACAUGCUGAUGCUGUGGUUUCCUGGUUUUUCAGUUUUAGACCUAUUUAUUACCUAUAUUGCCUUGAUACUGUAAAAAAUGAGGUUUUUAACUCUAAUUCAAGCAGUUUAUAUUGACUACAUCUAACCUUUUCCUAGAAUCU